GAAAACCGACCCGUGUAUCAUCGUGGUCAGGGCCAACCAGCUCGUCACGAAAGAGUCCGUCCAGGCCGCCGUGUCCCCAUGGCUCGCCGACGCCAACUUCGAGGACAAUGCGUGGAAGCUCGACGGAGACGUGGCGGCGAAGCGGUUCGUGGUACGUGUCAAGGGAGCUGCUGGAUGGGCCUCCCGCCUGGUUUCCCAGGCGUUAGGCUCAAUGCGACUUCCAGAAGGUGAAUUUCGGCGUCUCCCGGCUCGCAUGCCCACUGGGGACCUCGCAGACCUGUACGUCUCCGAGGAUAAGAACAUGUUCCAGAUUCGUCGCGAGCUCGCCACCAAGCAG